UGCAAUCAGUCUAAAUAUAGACGUUGUCGUGAAAGGUUGUCUAUAAAAACCCGUCAAGCGAAAACUUACGAUCACAAAUAAAACAAAAAAAACGAGCCCUAAACAAAGUUGACAAUUUGUUUAUAAACAGAUAACAUAAUUAUAAAGAAAUAAAUAUUAAACAAAAAUUAUUUAAAGAAAAUAAAACAAUGUAAGUGUUUUAUUAAUUAAUUAAUUAAAAAAAAAAAAACUACGAAUAGUAUGCAAACAUAAAAUGUAAAACAAUGUAUUUCCUAAAUGUGCUGAGUACCUAACCGCCUUUCAAAAAAGUACCAACGUCAGCGUUUUGUGUAUGAGUGUUCUAAAAGACAAUUGAUAAGAAAUAACAAUAAAUAAAUUUUAAGCCAGAAUUUUGCUAAAAAUUUUGUUUUGGCAGUGUAUUGGUUAAUGAAUAAAAGAAAUGUGUAGUAUUUUAUAAAUAUAUUUUAGACGAUAAAGAAAGGAACGUGUGUAUAAUUUUGGAGAUAAACACAACUCUGAUUUCUAACUUAAACAACAAAUAAUUUUAUAAGAAAAAAAAAAAAAUCCCCCGGAAUAUAACUUCAUGGCUUUUCUUGGUAAAAACAUUAAAUUUCAAUUAAACUAUAUGGAAAACCCCAAAACAAUAAGUUAAAUUGAGACAAGUGUAAAAAGUUUUGCUAUAAUUUUUGUUAAAAAAUAAUCUAGCAAACUUGGUUAAAUCCUUCAAUAGAGAAAAAGAAGUUUGGUGCUGCUGUUCCUUUUUGUUUAAAACCACAAACUAAAUAUUUAUUAUAAAAUUUUUCUUGUUGUUGUUUUUGCCACAUUACACGACAUUAUGAUCCUAAGAAGUGUUUUUGUUUUUGCAAUAUGUCUACAUGUUGGAUUAACAGCGAAUUUGCAACGUCAAGAGUUAUCGAUUCCAGAAUGUGCUGCAAAAGUGGGAGAAUGUGAUGAAAGUAAGGGACGUCCGGUUUGUGGCACAGAUGGUCAAACAUAUCCCACCCGUUGUCACUUAUUAAGGGUACAAUGUAGUGGUCAUCAAGUAAGCAUAGAUAUCGAGGGCUGUGUAAAGGUAACCUGCAAUGUAGCACGCGAAUAUGCUCUCAAGCAUCGCACCAAAAAUCCCCUUAAAUUUAUACCACGUUGUAAAAAGGAUGGUACUUAUGCCCCCAUACAGUGUCUCACAAAUAGUGGUUGCUGGUGCAGUGAUAUUACCGGAACACCUAUUGAUAAUACUACAGUACGUACAGUGGGGCGCCUUAAGUGCCGUGAAUUUACGAAGGCCUACACCAGACGUUCACCAUCACGCAAUGCAAGUGGCAAUAAGAAAAGAUCUUGCAGCCAAGAUGAUCGUGCCACUUUCAAUACAAAUCUUAUAGGGCUCUUUCAUAGUGAAUACUUACGGGUGGGAUUUCAAUUAAAUAAGAAUCGUAAAACAGAUACCUUGGUGCCAACACUGGAUGAGACAGAGGUCCUUAAUUGGAAAUUUAGCGAUUUGGAUGUGAAUAACAAUCAAAUGUUGGAUAAAAAUGAAUUUCGUGAAUUGAAGAAACUUGUCAAGAGGGCUGUGAAACCCAGACGUUGUGGACGUGCUUUUGGCAAAUUUUGUGAUGUUGACAGUGGCACGUUAUCACGUCUAGAAUGGAAUAGUUGUCUAUCCAAAGAUGGUAUUAACAAUUCUUAUGAAAAUGAAAGUAAUCCAGCCGAUGAUGAGGAUGACGAUGAUAAUAGUAGUCAUACAGCGGAUUAUACAGAUGAUUAUGAGGAUGUUGAUGAUGAUCAUAUGGCGUCAAUAAAUUCACCUACAAAAUUUCCAUCUAUCAAUAUUUUAAGCACCAGCGCUAGCGUCAACACCAAGAGCAAGGAUAACGAACCGGAUUACGCGGCAUGUUUUGCCGAUCGUAAAGAUGCUCUUACACAAAAUGAGGAGAAUUUAAAGAAUGGUAAAAAAGUUGGUCAUGUUCCGGUUUGUACACCCGAUGGUCGUUUCCAGCGUGUGCAAUGUUAUAACUCAAUAUGUUGGUGUGCUGAUGAGGAAACUGGUGAAACUUUAAAUGGUACUAGCGUUAAAAAUCGUGUGCCUCAAUGCGGUGCCGUGACACGGGCUAUGAAGGGUUGUCCUAAUGAGGUUAAAGUAGUUUUUCUAAAAGAUCUCAAAGAAUUUUUAAAAACCAAAAUUAUUGCUGGCUCAAAUGAGGGAACCAAUACAACUCAGUGGAAAUCAGAAGAUGAGCGUAUCGCUACCUUAAGUUUUGUGAUAUUGGAUAAGAAUAAAAAUAAGUCUUGGGAAAGAAAGGAAUGGAAAACAUUUAGAGAAUUAGUAACCAAUAAUAGAACUUUGCGACGAUGUGGUCGCAAAAUGCCCAGGUAUUGUGAUGUUAAUGGUGAUAAAAAGAUUACCUUAAGCGAAUGGCUAAGUUGUCUACAAACUCAUAGAGUAGAACAAAAUACACAACCCGAUUUUAAACCCCCCAUUCAUAUGUUAUCAAAUGAUACAAGUUUUGCAAAACCACCCAAACUUAAUGGAACGAACCCUUUAACAAUAUAUCUAACCUAGAGGCGUAAUGAAAAAAUCGUUGUAACUUCGAAACGAAUACAAUUCUGAGAGAAUAUAAUUUUUGAAUUAAAAAAAAAACUUUAAAUUAAAGGUUUAUUUGAAAACUACUUUAUACAUAUUUAAAUAAUUAGUUUCCUUUUGAAAUCUGUUAAACAUGUAUUUCGAUUUAAAAUCGUUAGUAGUUCUUUUACGUUUUUCUAAGUUUCUAUUUUUUAAUUGUUAAAAAGUGCCAUGUUGCAAGUUAUUUUUAUAAAAAUAUUUUCUUUUUGAUUAACAUUUUAGUUUUAUGUAUAGAAUAAGUGAGAAUAUUAUUAACUGAGAUUAUUAAGUUGGAAACUUGAUUUAAUUUUAUUCAGUUUAUUUGAAUGUGUGUGUGUGUUUUUUGCUCAAUUUACUCUUGAAAUUGUUUCUUUGUAAAUAUUUAUGCU